AGAAAGAUCUAGCUCAGAUGUUUCUCCAUAGGCUGAUGAUGUUAGACUACAGAGUCAGAUACAUUCCUGUAAAAUCAGACAGUCAGACAGAGGGGAACCAUCCAAAACCUGUUCAGGUGAUUGACAUAACUGAGGAAGAUUUCAGUAAUUUGGGGGCUUUAUUAAGAAUGGGUGCAGGCACACAUGAGACAGAACAGACUCAUUUGCAUCCAAUGGACGUUCAGAUGGCAGUAUUUCACUGCUCAGACAGCUUCCUUAAACAGAUGAUGAUUACAAAGCUCUCUCAGUGUCAGUAUGCCUUACCUUUGCUUGUCCCUGACCCAGUCACAAUGGAGAUCGAGUGUCCUCUGUGGACUUUCAAACAAAUAACAAAAACCUGGAAGGUAACUGAAGACGGCUCAAACAUCGUCACUAUGAAGAGUGUUCCAGUGUAUAAAGCUCGGACACCCUUGGUGUCAUUUUUCCGCCUGGGCUCUCCGUCAGUGUCUAAAUCUCAGCUGAUGAACACUUUGAUCAACGACCGUCACAGCACCUUUUUCCACAGAAACUGUCCAGGAAGCACCAAGUCUCGCUAUCUGAUGGAUGGUGUGGCAGAGAUCGCCUGGUACUGCCCUGCUGGAAAACCCAAUGAUGCCUUCAAUGACUGCAUUGCUUUUUGUAAUCUUCAUGGUGAUGCUCUGUUGACUGAAAAACGGCGCGACAUACUGAUUGAAAAAUCUUCCAUCAAUAUUAUUCUUUUUGCUUCUCUGCAAAAGCAUGAAGAAAGUCAAUCACUUAUAUCAGGUCUUUUUAAAUCUCGCAAACCUCUCAUUUGUCUCUGUGUUGAUGACUGUGAUGUUGUAAAGACAACAACUGGACAAUACAUCAUAGGUCUCAAGGACAGAAGCCAGUCAGAUGUAUCUGAAGAACUGAAACAAAUCAUUAGAGAAAUUUUAUCUGUAGAUGGAUCCAGCUUGAAACCCUCUUUCCAGCUUGAAAUGAUGGCUGAGGUCUCUGGAAUCAGAGUGGAUGAAAGCGACCCAGCCUGUCAAAGAGGGAAAUCUGCUGCUAUGAUAAUAAUGGAUUUGAUUAAAAAGAAUAACAUGGAUGUCUCAAAGCUCAAAGAUGAAUUCCUUCCUUAUCGAGGUGAUCUGUGGCAUCAGUGGUGCAAAAUACACAAAGAACUGUAUCAUCUCACAGGAGACAUUGAAAAGGAGAAAAGUAAAAAGCAACAACAACUGAUGAACAUACGCCAGAAACAAUGCGAUGUUUCCUGCAGUAAACUGAUGGAGUUGUUCAUUGAAAGUCUCUCAUCUUUGCCACUGACAGACAAACAGUAUUAUCUGAAAUGGAUUCAGAUAUUAAUAGAUGAUCUCUCCACAGAUGAGCUUUCCUCAGUUCUCCAAAGUUAUGAUAAAAAAUGGUCUGAGGUCCUGGCUUUAAAGAACAAAUGCAAUAAAUCAGAAAUGUUGUCAAUAAAACAAACUGAGCUUGAAGAAAUUUCCAGAAAACUGCAGUCUGCAACUUUUGGUUUGGAGCACAUCUUCAGAGAAAUGGGACAGAUCUAUGAAGCUCAUAGAGCAAUAGAAGGAGAGAGCAGACACACUGACUGGUCUAAAUACCCUGAGCUGGCUGCACAGCUGAUGAUAUCAGGACACCCAAUGGAGCUGAUGGAUGGUGAUGCAGGUCAUGUACCUUUAACAUGGAUCUCCAGUCUUUUAGAGGAAGUCAUCAAGAAACUGGGGGACCAGAGACUUUUUGUGUUGUCAGUUUUGGGCGUACAAAGCAGUGGAAAAUCAACAAUGCUGAACACCAUGUUUGGAUUGCAGUUUGCAGUGAGUGCAGGCAGGUGCACCAAAGGUGUCUUCAUGCAGCUGCUCAAAGUAUCAGAGGAGAUUAAGAAAGACUUGAAGUUUGACUAUCUUCUAGUGGUGGACACUGAAGGACUGCGUGCUCUUGAGCUGGAAGGUAACAUCACUCUUCACCAUGACAACGAACUGGCAACAUUUGUUGUUGGUCUGGGAAACCUGACACUGAUCAACAUCUUUGGAGAGAAUCCAUCUGAGAUGCAGGACAUCCUGCAGAUUGUUGUUCAGGCUUUCAUGAGGAUGAAGAAAGUUAAACUUUCUCCCAGUUGUGUGUUUGUUCACCAGAAUGUUACAGAUGUCGCAGCAGUAGAGAAAAACAUGGAUGGAAAAAGACGCCUGCAAGAAAAACUGGACCAGAUGGCCAAACUAGCAGCUGAAGAGGAGUUUUCCAGUGCAGAGUGCUUCAGUGAUGUCAUUGAAUUUGAUGUCCAAAAAGAUGUGAAAUACUGUGCCCAGCUAUGGGAGGGUAGUCCACCCAUGGCUCCUCCUAAUCCAGGUUACAGUGAGAGCAUCCAAGAAGUUAAGAACACCAUCCUCUCUAAAGCUUCAAAGUCUGAUGGGAUCACUCUGUCACAGUUCAAAAACAAAAUUCAGGACCUGUGGAGUGCCCUCCUCAAUGAAAAUUUUGUUUUCAGUUUUAAAAACACACUUGAAAUUGCAGCGUACAGAAAACUGGAGUCCCAGUACGCAAACUGGACCUGGGCCCUGAGGAACAACAUGUUGACCAUUGAAAAUCAACUUCAUAACAGAAUUGAAAAUGGAAAUCUUGACAAGGUGGAGGUGAGUCAUCUUAAAAAAGAAUCACAUGAAACACAUGAAAUAAUCAAAGAGGAAAUGACAACUUACUUUGAGGAGGACAAAGAGAAGGAAAUUUUGGCUCAGUGGAGAGGCAUAUUUGAAAUCAAAAUCAAAGAGUUUCAUGAUGAACAGGUGAGCACAUUGAAAAGAAAACUGGAUGAAGUUAUUCAACAGAAGAAGGCUCGUGAAAAGCUUGAUGAUAAGAAGAAAGAGUUUGAGGACAAGCUGCUACAGAAGAGCAAAGAGCUCGCUCAGCAGCUGAAGGAUAAGGCCAAUGAUGAAGAAGAACUUCAAAAACAGUUCAGCUCUGUUUGGAGUGACUUGGUCACUGAAAUAACAGCUGAUAUAAAGCCUAUAGAAGACAUCAACCUGGAAGAAGAUCAGUUUACUAUCCUUCAAGAACUUGGUUUUGAAGAGAGUUUCAUUAAUGAACGCAAACAAAAUGACAGAUACAAGAAAAUAUCCAGCAUUGGUGAUUAUUCCGAUUAUGUAAAACAAACAAAAGUUCUGGGAAUUAAAUUGCCAUUAAAGAAUGCAUAUAAAAACCAGCAACAGAUCAUAUCACUCAUUGAAAAACCUGUACAUGAGUCACUUGAUCCAAUCACAAGCAAGCUUGUAGCUACAAGAGGCUACAAACUAGCUUAUUUGCAAGAAGUAGCCAAACAGGUAAAACAAGAAGUCGACAAUUUUCAGAAAGAGACGAAAUGUGCUUUGAAGAAGGAGUUUACAGUUGAUCUCUUACUGUAUGUGUUCUCAAAAUCAGAGUGUUGGAUUGUAGACUCCCAGAAGAAAUUCAGAAUUAACAACGAUCCACUGACUUAUUUAGAAAGCAAGAAAACACAUUAUUACACAGUUUUUAGAAGCUUUUGCAAAGGAAGCUCAUCUGCUGUUGUGCUUGCAGAACUGAUCUGUGAAAAGCUGAAAGCGUCCACUGUUGAGGCUGCCUGUAACAAGACUGCCAUUGGUCUGGCUGGAGAGAUGAGGUGUAAUUUCCCAGCAUUCAAUGGGAACAGGCUGAACUUGGAGAAACAUGUGCUGAAGUCACUCGCUGAGAAAGAAGACUUUGAUGAUUUCAUCACCUACAUCAGGAAACCAAGAAGACAAACAGAAGCUUUUAUAACAGAAGAAGUAGAGAAAUACAUCUUCAUAGACCACAAAGUUGAAACUGUGAAUAUACUCAAGAAAAAUGUUGAUGAUGUCAACACACUGAUGAGUCAAGCUUUAUCUACUGCAACACAGAAAGUCCAAAAUCAGAGAGGAGACAUGAACAUGUGGCUGAAGGAAUUUUCUAGUUUACUAAAAGAUGAGUUAACUCUUCAUACCAUUUCUUCUCAAAACUUCAGUGACAUCAAUGAUUUUGAAUUUCUGAAGGAAGAGAUAAAGAAAAGACUUGAUUCCAUCAUUGAGCAAACUAGCAGCCUCUCUUUGGAUAAGCUGAAAGAAUCCAGGCUGAAGCCUGAUAAAAUCCUCAUUGAUCAGCUGUGUAAGUGUUGCUGGGUAACAUGUCCAUUCUGUGCAGCUGUUUGUACUAAUACCAUUGAAGGUCACAGUCCUGAUGACCACAACGUCCCUUUUCAUCGACCCUCUGGAAUCAAAGGAUGGCACAAAAGAGGCACAGUGGAAUUCAGCAUCAAUUUCUGCACAACAAAUGUUGCAAGGCUAAGCCCCAGGUGUUUCAAAUGUCUGGCUCCGCCUCUGAUCCCAGGAAUGCUGUCUGUCCUGGAAGAACCAGUUGGUGAGGCGUGA